AUGAUUCGAACCAUUUUUAUUCUUGUUCUAGUUCUUACUUUCUCACAAGGAAUCAUUUUUUUGAAUGAUGACCCAGCCGCGACUCUAAUUUGCAAUGGGUGUCAAUUUGUAGUUAAUAUUGUAGAAACUCGGCUAAAAGCUAUCGAAUUGGUUACCAGGAAUGAUCUGACAACGUUUGCUGACAAAGCUUGCGCCAGAAUCCCUGACCUCGAAGUCUUCAAAACCCUAUGCACUCAGGUGAAAGAUGAUUUGAUUGAUAUUGCAGUUCAACUGAUUGAAGCUUUCGAGAGACAAAUUAAUGGAAAUGUCACUUGUAAAAAUCUGAGACUUUGUGCCUAA